UCCCUCUCAUCACUGUGUGCAGUGCGCUAGAUUAAGUUCAACCCAUUUGCUGGAGGCUCGGGUUUAUCUGGAACUCAAGUGAAAACCAUUCAGGAGCUGUGCGCCGUGAGGUUAAGGAAGGCUCCGUUGCGGACGCUGAGGGGGAGAGAGAGGACCGGGAACCGUGGAUUUGAUCUUAUCUGCUUAAACUCGGGUUUGUGCCAUGGCAGUGUUCUCUGCUCUUUGGGUUCUCUUACUGCUCCAGCUUUUAUCGUCAUCAUCAGCCCAGAGGCCAGGCCCCAGAGGAGCGCCAGGGCCACCAGGACCCCCAGGUCCACCAGGAAGGGAUGGCACUGAUGGUAAAGCUGGACCUCCUGGACUGCCAGGGAAACCAGGUCCCAAAGGGAAAGCAGGACUACCAGGGGCACCAGGAAAACCAGGGAUGCCAGGGCUUCCAGGAGUGGAUGGUUUGACAGGUCCUGAUGGUCCUGCAGGGAAGGACGGGCCCCCAGGGGAAGCAGGCGACCCUGGGCCUCCCGGUCCACCUGGAUCUCCUGGCAGAGGGAGACCAGGAGCUCCAGGACUACUUGGAACCACUGGGCUGCCAGGUGGUGUUGGACCGCAGGGUCCACCAGGCGCUGAAGGUCUUCCAGGACUUCCUGGACCUCCUGGCCCUGAUGGGCCCCCAGGUCUUCCUGGUACUCUUCAUGAUCUUAGUGGUGACCUGCUGUGUCCUGCAAUCUGCCCCCCUGGUCUUCCAGGUCCUCCUGGUAUGCCAGGAUUCAAGGGUCACACAGGGCAUAAAGGAGACAAAGGAGAGCCUGGCAAAGAUGGAGAAAAGGGUGACGCUGGCCCUCCUGGUCCUCCAGGUAUUCCCGGCACUGUGGGUCUUCAGGGCCCACGUGGUCUAAGAGGUUUACAAGGCCCAGUGGGACCUGCAGGAGACAGAGGCUUCCCUGGUUUCAGAGGCAAGCCUGGCAUCGCUGGCAUCAUUGGAAAGACAGGCGAUGCUGGAGAAAAAGGACCACAGGGAUUCAAAGGACCCAAAGGAGAAAUUGGUAAAAUCGGUCCUAAAGGAGCUCCUGGGGGAGCAGGACCUAAAGGGGAGCCUGGUAUUCCCGGUAGAGAUGGAAAAGACGGUAUACCAGGAUUAGAUGGCGAGAAGGGUGAUGCUGGACGCCACGGAGUGGUUGGAGAGAAAGGACCAAAUGGCCUUCCUGGUCUACAAGGAAAGGCUGGUGAAAAUGGAUCUAAAGGAGAAGUUGGUGAUCCAGGGAAGGCUGGGGAGACGGGACCCUCUGGAGAGCCAGGUAUUCCUGGUGAGAUAGGCGUCCCAGGAGAGAGGGGGAUACCGGGGCCCAGAGGAGUGGCUGGAGGCAUUGGACCUGUGGGCAACCCUGGGCCUCAAGGAGUGAAGGGCUUUCAGGGGGUAAAUGGAGCUUUGGGGGAUCCAGGUCUUCCAGGUCCAACAGGAAUCCGUGGAGAGUUUGGUGAAAGGGGUCCAGCUGGAGCUUCUGGACCUAAAGGAGACAUGGGUGUGGCAGGAAGUGAUGGUUUACCAGGAGAGAACGGAGAACCUGGUCCUUUUGGGCCAGUUGGACAAAAGGGAGAGCCAGGGAAGCGUGGAGAACUGGGCCCUAAGGGCAUGACAGGUCCACAAGGAGAACCCGGGGCAAGAGGGCCUCCAGGAAAACAAGGAUCAAUAGGCUUCCAGGGGGAACAGGGUCUGCCAGGAAUCGUUGGAAAGACAGGCGUACCCGGUAGACUGGCAAGUGAGCAGCACAUCAGAGAACUGUGUGGUUCAAUGAUCGAUGAUCAGAUUGCACAGCUGGCUGCUAACCUUCGAAGACCCCUGUCUCCUGGAAUGGUGGGCCGCCCAGGUGUUCCUGGGCCUCCAGGACAGCCAGGAGUUUCUGGCUCUAUUGGGCAUCCAGGUGCCCGUGGACCACCAGGGUACAGAGGCCUACCAGGAGAACUUGGAGAUCCUGGUCCCAGAGGUGAUGCUGGUGAGCCAGGCGAUAAGGGAUCCAUUGGUAGGGCCAUUGAUGGGCCCCCUGGAGACCCAGGAUACCAAGGUCCUCCUGGAGUACCUGGCAUAGUCAAAGAUGGGCACGAUGGAUCUCCAGGAGACCCAGGUGAGCCUGGAGAGCCAGGCAGGGUAGGUAGGACUGGACACCAGGGACCUCCUGGACUCUGUGAUACAUCAGCUUGUCAGGGCGCAUCAAUCGCAGGGAAAUCCUCCAACCCCAAAAACAAUUAAACAUGACUUUGUGCAACCUGACACCAUCCACCCCAGAGAGGAAGGGUGAUAAGCGAGGGAAGGAAGGAAUGAAAAAAGAGAGUGAUCACAAAAAAUGUCCUCUUUAUUUAAAUACAUGUAUCACAAGAUAAGAAGAGAAACAACAACUGGUGUGAUAUUCUGAGAGGAACAGAGAAACAUCCAAGGAGUGAUGUGAAUAACCAGAGCAACCUGACUGACAACAACAUCAAGAUGACAUCCAGAAGUAGAGUGCACAGAUGCACAGAAGGGUGCAGGAGAGUAACUGCAUUGUUCCACACACUAUCACAUAACAAGACUUGACUUACAAACAACUGCUCAGUGAAUGAUGAGCCCUUUGUGUAUAAAAACUUUGUACAUGUUGUUUCCAUGACCCCGGUACAUUGGUUAACAUCCUUCUGGCAGAUGACACUAGAAAACAAUAGUGACUGACUGAAGUGAAUGUGCAUGUAUCACAGCCCAUUAGUGUAAAAUCACAGGUGUUACCUCAACAUACAACUGUGUAAAAUAUAAAAACAGGUGCCAGAGGUGAAAGGCCUCUGUGAAGGAGCUGCAUAUGUACUGUAAAAGGAAUUAAAAAACAAAUUCCCAGGUGCCCAGAAAUUGUGUAGAUGAAUGCACAAAUGUAAAACUUUUAUCUUUUCGACAGCUUGUUUUUCAUUUUGCUUUUUUAAUUACAUGUGAUAAUGAUUCUCUAGAUCUGAGAAUCAAAAACAAAAUAAAACUUGUGGAUGCAUAAAUCAGACAUUGUAAAAUAAGUUUAAGAAUCUUUGGAGCAAAAUAAAAAUAUUUGUCUUUUUUUCAGUCUGCAACAACCACCUCCACUACGUAGGCCUACUAUCGGUGCUGUAACUAUUAAAUACACAUGCCUUUAAAUACUAUUUAUUAUUUGUGGGUGACUGUACAGUAAGAUGCUACAGCAACAUGUUGUAAGAACGAACAAAUAAAGCCACUUUUCAGUAAAAGUUUACUUUUCUCUACAUACAACAUGAACCGUCUGUACUUCAGAGUAAUAUGUUUAACAAUAUAAAAGUCAAGUAAUCCCUUUAACUGACAAAGCAAUAACACAGUUUUCAUGCUAAAUAUUUAAAUAUGUGAUUAAAGAAUACCAGUAUGUGGACAUGAAAACCGAACAACAUACUGUUUGAACAAAGUGUAACACAAUUUGAAUCAAGUCUUUAAAAGAAUGAUGGCGAUAUAAUUUAAAUUAGCCGAAUCUAUCAUAGCUGAAAUCGACACAGAUCACUAUUGUGUCUGUUUUUCCAUAGAGAACCAGUGCCAUCUGUAGGUGACUAUGAAAAGCCUGCUUCGGCUCUGAUACAGUGUAGUCUUGGAGAAAGCCUGCCAUGUUUGAGUGUCACAUGGUCUGGGACUGAAAAUCUUACAUUUUCUAAACCAUAGUAAUGUAGGCAGAAGCAGAGCACCUCUCAAAAAGGAACUUUUUUCUUUUAAAAUGUAACAAUAUAUCAAAAUAGCUGCAUAAGCCAGACCUCCUGGGACAACUCCAGCUAAAUUCACUCAAAUAUCUGGCUGAUUUAUUGGGGGGGGGGUC